AUGUCUGCGAACGAUUACUACGGAGGCGGCGGCAACAACCAGAAUCAAGGAUACGGCCAGCAGGGGUACAACCAGGGCGGCGGCUACGCACCUCAGCAGCCCACCUAUGCACAGGGCCAGCAGCAGCACCAUGGCGGCGGCGGCGGCGGCGGCGGAUACCCCCAGCAGUCGCAUUCCCCGUACCAGCAGGGCGGUGGCUACAAUGCCCCUCCUCAGCACGGAUACGGCGGACCCCAACAACCAACGUACGCCCAGGGCAACCAGCACCAGCAAAGUUACGGCCAUGACAACUACGGCCGCGACAACCGAGGCAGCUCUCCCUACAACCAGCAACCGCAAUAUGGCGCACCUCAACACGGUGGACAACCCCAAUACGGGGGCCAGCCGCAGUAUGGCGCCGGGCCCGGCGGUCCCGAUCAGGAUAAGGGUCUCGGUGCAACAUUAGUAGGUGGCGGAGCUGCCGGAUGGGCAGCGCACAAGGCCGGCGGCGGUCUUCUCGGAACUCUCGGCGGCGCAAUUGCCGGUGCCGUCGGUGCGAAUAUGUUGGAGAACAAGUUUGAAAAGAAGCACAAGAAGGACAAGAAGCAUAAGAAGGAUAAGCACCGCAAGCGCAGCGGUAGCUGCAGCUCCAGCUCCAGCAGCGACUAA